GAGCAGCUUUAGGUUCGGUAUACGCCAGUGGCUGGUGCUGGACAUCAGGUAUAAUAAGGCUAUCCGACUUUUUGCGUGUUUUCUCGUCGUUCUUUUUUUUUUUGGUGUCGUUACUGCCAGCCAGUCCUUUGUCUAUCAUUUGUUAGACUUCAGCGAUUAACGAUGCAUCUUAUUCAACUUCUUGCAGCCAGCCUGGCUGUUUCAGUUUCAUACGCUCUCCCCGUUCAAGAGGGUGCAAAAAAAACGUUUGUAAUGUCUCGAAAACCUGCCGUUCAGUACAGACCUCAAGCCAAGAGCGCAACUCUCGUGGCCAAUGUCACGGAUCCCAGCGUCAGCCGCGACUCAUGCGGCUCAGUCAAUAUGGGCGGCCGCACUCUUUGGACCUGCCGAGACACGGCCGUCCGCCUCCCUGGCACCGAUCAGUUCGGAUGGGUGUUUACCAACACCGUCGGCUGGACUGACCAUCACCCAGAUGGAUCUCCAUCCAUCCAGACUGGAGGACCAGCCGGGGCUGGAUCAAACGGCACCAAUAACAUUCUGCUGAUGAAGGGCCCGCAACCGUCUCUUCCUACCUUUUAUGCUUUGGGCUCCAACCAGUGCCCGAGCUCUGGAGUGUGCGCUGAUGGCACAUCGCGAUGGACAAGCUGGCCGGACUCACCACCAAUGGUCUCGAAUACGGCCCAAGAUGGGACUGCCACGGCAUAUACCUGGAUAUCCAACAACCACAUAACUAGCAGUGGAUUCCAGGUUUUGACAACUCAGCCCUCGGUUACCCUCCACAAGAUGACUUACAAGCCCAACACCAAUGUCAACGUUGUCCCGACUGUGAAGCCUGUGGACACCAGCUUCUGGAAAGCGGGUGAGAUUGCAUAUGGAACCUAUGGCAACGUUGUUAACGGCGGGUAUGCCUACCUCUAUGGACUGCUGUAUCCGAGCGGAGUUGCUCUGGCAAGGGUUCCGGUCAACAGCAUUGAAGACAAGACCAAAUACCAAUACUAUGUGAGCGGCAAGUGGACUAGCACCAAGCCUGCCAUCAUCAACCCGGCUGCCGCAGUCCCCAAUGCCGGGACGACAGGCCAGGGAACCUUUUACUACUGCAGCAAGGCCCAGUCGUACAUCUGGAUCGGCCAGAACAGCCCAAGCGUUUGGGCAGACUUUUAUAUCUCGACGGCCCCAAGCCCAGAGGGCCCCUGGAUCACUCCCUACCUCCUCUACUCCGGACCCAAUGGCGACGCAGAGCUGCCGUCGUACAGCCUGCAAGCGCAUCACCACCUGCUGCGCAAGACUGACGACGGCAUCUAUCUGACGUGGACGCAGUACUUCAAACCCAGCACGUAUAACGCAUAUGUCACCCCGCUUGUAUACGUUUCGUUUGUCUAGGAUUGGCUUGGCUCAGGCUGCAGAUGGACAUGCAUUUGCUUGUGCGUCCUCGUACAUAGAUACCCCAUUGUUUUUGAAUGCGAGCAAGUCACGAAUGCCGGAUGCGGACGGAUACAUGUUGAUACGGACAUGCUGUACACUCUGUACAUAUAGACCAGGGUCUUGGGAGCGGGAGGGGCAUUCUUUGUCCAGCGGGAGUUUUAAAACGUUUGGAUAUCGGCGUCAAAGUCUUUUGUUUCUCGAUUUGGGAGGUGGAGGAAGCCAGGAUUCACGAACAAGCAGCUGUUAGAUCAAAGAAAAUGAAAAUGGCAUGGUUUCAUCUUACCCCUUUCAUGCA